UUUCAACCAAAGACUUGGGGGAAAAUAAGGAGCAAUGGCGGAUAGGAGGGUUUUAGUUGUUGUGUCUCCCGAGAUUGAAGCCUUUGGUUAUGAUGGAGUUGACUCGUUUGCAAGUCUGCAGGAUGCUGUGCCACUGAACAACCAAGUGCGCACUAUCAACAGGAUUGCCCCCGGUGUGUGCACCAGCUACUUGUUUUCCCCCAAGGCUUCAAUCAUGGCCAUUGCUCCCAAGACCAAGACCAAGAGUUUCAUCACCUUGCGUGGAUUGGAAAUAAAGGACACUGGGAUCUGUUGGGACAAUACGGCUACUCGCAUCAAGCAUACCCAGUCACCAGGAAUGAUUGGUACAGCAACAUAUAGCGGUGCAACAGUUAUUGUGGAGGGGGAUGAUUUCAUUACAGAAAAUGUCAUUUUUAAGAACUCAGCUCCCCAGGUGUCUGGGCAAGAAGCUGCAGCCUGUGUCACAGCAGAUAGGUGUGCCUUCUACAAUUGCAAAAUCAUUCAGGAAACCUUACAUUUGCAUGGUGGAAAGCAGUUCUUCAAAAACUGUUACAUUGAAGGUAAUUAUGACUUCAUCUUCAGGGAUUCUACUGCCCUUCUGGAGCAUUGCCAUAUCCACUGCAAAUCAACAGGAUAUAUUACUGCUCAUGGCCGGAAGUCCUCUUCCGAAUCAACUGGAUUUGUAUUCUUCAGGUGUGUUAUUACUGGCAAUUGCGAAGCUGCGUACAUGUACCUAGGUCGGCCUUGGGAGCCUCUUUGGAGGGUUAUUUUUGCAGAGACUUCUAUGGAUUACUGCAUAGAACCUGUUGUUGGGUGGCAUAACUGGGACAAACCUGAGAAUGAGCAAACUGCUUGCUUUUGUGAGUACAGGUGCUCCCGUCCAGGAUCCAGCAUGUCGGAACGGGUAGCUUGGUGCAAGGAAUUGGUUGGUGAUGAACUCGUAAAAACUUUCGUCGAUCCAGAUGUGCAGAAUCCAUGGUUGCUCCACAGGUCGGGAACAAAACUCCCAGUUUCAACAGCUUCGCUGUAGGACACAGUACCUACUAUGUCCACUUUCAUCAUCUUCACCUAGAUGAAUAAAUUGGGAGGAUGUAAUGAGGGCUGAGCGCCGUCGGUUCUGGAAUCAUGUCUAGUGCCGGAAGAGAAACUGUUCUUGCUGGCAAUGCCUGACUUGCUUAGUGACUGCUGUGAAAUAUGAACUACAUGAUGUUGAAGGACUGCUGGAUCAUACAAAUUACAGUAUCACA